AUGCCGCGAGGGGGGCACAGGGGAGGCAUUUACCCCAUUUCUGGCCUCAAUUGGGGGCCUGGUCAGCGCUAUCUCAAACGCGGACUCUAUCGGCAUCAGCGGAAAGACAUCUUCGUCCCCCGAUGGGGAUGGAGGAGGGAGAACUUCAACCCCUCACCGCUCCCGGACGGCAACACGAAAAAGUGGGAACCAGAAAGCUCAAAGGCCUGGCCUUUGCUCGGAACUCGUCACCACGCAAAGCUGUAUGCCUUCAAUGAGGCGCGAUACUUGCAGCCUGCGCUGCGCUGCGUGUAUACCCCCGCUGUAGAGCAUAUCCUCAACAUCCUAGAACCCUCCGCAGAGUCUGGACGGUGCUUUAGUGGUAUUGGCCGUCCUGGUGUGAGAGCUCCCGGCACUGACUCGCCUUCCUCAGUUGGUGGCUACCCCUGUCUUCCCCCUCACCUCGUUAAAGUUGCGAAGGAUGUCGAGAGAGAAGGAGCUACCAGUGGUGGCAGCGUCUCGCUUGCUCGUUUGCCAUACUUUGAAAAAGGCCGAAUUCGGCGUCUGUGGAGCGUCGCAGUAGAGGCUGACACGUGGAGGGCCCCCACCGCCGCACCAGGGGCCUCGAGCGAUGCUGCAGGAUCGGGGGGGGGGGCCCUUCCUCUAGUCGAUGAGAGAGCAGCAGUUGUGCGGGAGCUGCCGCUUGCCGAGUGUCUGUACGCUCGCAGCAACCAUCGUCUGAAUUCGAGGCGGCAUCCUAUCUGGCUACAUCUGCGGCAUCAGAAGGAUAAGGCUAAAAUCCCCUAUUUGCACAGACGGCGGGUCACUAGAGAGCAACUGCACGCCGACACCAUCGGAGCGCUCAACGCCUAG